AUGAGCACAGAGGAUGCUGGUAACGGGACCUCUCCCACCCCACCUCUCCUUGGGCUUCUGGUUUCAACCACUCAGCUGGCCCCAGGCAGCACUGCAUCCCCCGAGAUGACAGAGCCACUACCUGUCAUCAUCUCGCUUAUCUGCAUCUUCCUCCUCGUGGCAACUUUCCUCAUCUUUGUCACCCUCUGCAAGCCAGCAGCGCUGGACCAGUCCCUCUCUGGGCCCCACGAGUGCAUGCCCCAUCACCCAGUGGAUGCCAGUGAGCCCCAGCUGAGGCUCUGGAAGCGCCUGGGCUCCCUGCGGCGCUCCAUCAACAGCUUCAGGAGGAGCCAGCCGGUGGCUCAGAGCCAGCUCGCCUGUUCCAGGAUCUUCCCCACCUGCCAGGACUGGGACAUCAUGGAGUCCACCAAAAUGUGA